AUGUACACAGCUCAUGAGAUAGAGAUUGUGAGAAAACUCAGAAGCCUGUUCGGGGAAGAUGCCUUGAAGUAUACAAUUGUCCUCUUCACUCACGGCGAUAAUCUGGAAAGAGAUCAGAAAAUAGAGACAUUUGUGAAUCAGAAUUCAGAGUUACAGCAGUUGGUGGAUGACUGUGGAGUUCGCUGUCAUGUUAUUGAUAACAGAUACUGGAACAAUCAGAAGAGAGGAUACAGGAGCAACAGAGUUCAGAUCAAGAAUCUACUGAAGACUAUAGAAAACAUGGUGAAAGCGAAUGGAGGAGGAUGCUACACUAAUGAAACGAUCCAGGCUUUGGAGAUGCACAAUAGCAAUAUAAUAGAGAAGCUUAGAGAGGAAUUUAAUGGCAGACUGACUGAAGAGCAGAUCAGUGAUGAAGCAGAAGAAAGAACAUAUACGUGGGCGCAGUUAUCUCAACCACAUUGUGGAGCAAUGCAGUGGCUGCAAGCGGGGUGGGGUGUCCAUACAGCUCUAACCACACUGCCAUGCGAGUCAAGAUUCAUCUCAGAAAAUCUGUUGUCUCUGGCUGACCGAGAGAUGUCCGUGGCACUGGAAGAGGGUGAAAAGUCAAACCCAAAAGGGAAUUGCGCCAGAUGGAUUUGGCGUUUGUUUCCCCAUGUUUUUCUCAUCCUGUCGCUCAUGGCAUUUGCGGCUUUGGGAGCGCUUAUUUUUGAACGGAUUGAGAAGAGGGAGUCGUACGACGAGUCCAAGGAGAUCCAGAGGGUAGUGCGCAAAGUGGUGGAAACAGUACAAAACCACACUGGUAAUUCGACGGAGCCGGUUAUGAACGAAAUACAAGAGAUUUUGGAUGAAUUAACAAAACUAAAGGAGAAGAAUAUUCAGACCUGGGACUUCUAUGGUUCGCUUUUCUUCUGCUGUACAGUUUUCACUACGAUAGGAUAUGGGCAAAUGUACCCAAUAACUAAACCCGGGAAGGUGGCGUGUAUCUUGUAUGCGAUGGUCGGCAUCCCUCUCAUGUUGUUGGUCAUCUCAGAUGUGGGCGAUAUCUUAGCUGUUCUCCUGUCUAAAGCCUACGCGCGCCUCAGCUUGAUCCUCAGGCGAAUGAGACAAAAUCGCUCAUGGAGCCUUCAAAGAGAAGGUAAAACACCACCUUCCAUCCAAGUACAGAAUGUUGAUGGUACCUAUACUUUCAAGCAGAAUGUGGUGGUGCAUGACACAUUGGCCAUUCAGCAAGUAAUGCGACCUGAACGGCCCCUGAAACGCAAUUCCCUACAACAUCAUAACAACAAAGAGAUCUUUGACCGGAUUAUUAUUAAGGAGAAUUUCAAGUUUAAAGGUGAUCUCACAAAAUCUAGCUCCUGUCCCGAGCUUGACCGUAUGCCACCCACACAGCAAGACUUUCAGUUAUUCACAAAUAUUGGACAGCAGAUGGACCACUUUAAUGUUCCUCUACUUGUCAUCCUGCUGAUGGUUUUUGGAUACAUGUUGAUUUGCAGUCAAAUUCUGAGACUUUGGGAGAUAGCGAUGAAUCCCUUCGAUGCCUUUUAUUUUACCUUCAUCACGCUGACCACCAUCGGUUUUGGAGAUAUUCUGCCUUACCACCCAAAGAACUUCAUGGUUACUUUUUUAUUUAUUAUCAUGGGUAUGGCCGUUAUGAGUAUGGCCUUUAAACUGGGCCAGUCAAAAAUUGUUUGCUGUUACAGGCGUUUCAUAAAGUGUCUUAUGGGCAAGGUUGGAAUGGAAAAAGACCAACACAGUAAGCGAGGGUAAGAGAGGCUUUGGUUUUUGAGGCUUUGCUAAGAGCACAUGAAAAAACUACAGAAGAGCAUAGCUACUCUCGCCAAAAGAAGGUAACGUGUUUUAAAGUCCAUAUCACUGGCAGCCUGAUACAGUGGGUGGAGAGGAUGAAGGGGUAGCCCGCAGUCCUGCUACAGGUGUGCAGGUAUAAGACAUAUAAGGUCAGAAUACAGAAUUUACCCCUUGUUAAAGCCAAAUUAUGACAUUAAGACAAUAUGUGUAAUGUGGUGCUUGUUAGAAAUGUACUCAUCUAACAACAGUUAUUUAGC